AUGAUGGUGGAAUCCCUUCCAAAACUUGAUUUUACCGAGGCACUGAAAGAUUCUCCAAGACAAGCAAUUUUGACACAUGAACAGUACUUCGCCAAGUUAGAUUCAAAGCUUACGGAGGUGUUGCAAUUACUUAAUGCUUUGGCAGAACAUGGCAAAAGUUAUGUAAAUGAUUUUUAUACUUUAUCAAUUGUGAUCGGUCAGUUAUGUUACGAAUUAUUACCACAAGAUCCAUCGCUUCUGUUGGCACUCAAAUCAUUGUCGGAUGUUUUCGCGCAAAUUGCACAUAUCUACAAGUCAUUUGUUGAACAAUCUCAUUUGACUAUUUCUGAUAGUCUCAUUUCUUUCCUCAAAAAUGAACGAUCGAAAGUAACAGAAACUCGUUGUCAUUUUGAAAGUUUAUCAAAUUCGCUAGAUGAAGCUCUUGCAAAGCGUGCCGCGGUACAUCGUGCACGAUCAACAGAUAUUGCAGAUGCGCGAAAUGCUCUUACUGCUGUUGGUACAUGUUUUGCACAUACUGCACUCGAUUAUGUAGCUCAGAUAAAUAUCGCUCAUGCACACAAAGAUCACACUAUUUUAGAUGCCUUAUGGUCUUUUGUGAAAGAAUGCAGCACAUUUUUUGUACGUGGACACAUGUUUUUUGAUGAAUGGACAGCAGUUGAAAGUGGUGCAAUAGCUGAUACUUCAUCAUUGCUAGCAAAUAAAAGUAAAUAUGUGGAAAGAAAGAUGCAAGAUCGUCAUGCUUUAGUGCCUAAGGAAGUAUUUUUGCAUCCGACAGGUAUUUCUCCAGAAGACGAUGUUGUGAUGGAAGGUUAUCUUUUCAAACGAGCUACCAAUGCUUUCAAGACAUGGCAUCGACGUUGGUUUCAAAUUAAGGACAAUAAAUUGAUAUAUUCUCAUCGAUCCGAUGCAAUAGAGACGCCAACAAUUAUGGAGUCGGAUUUGAAGUUGUGUCUUGUCAGACCAGCGCCUACAACAUUUGAAAGAACAUGUUGUUUUGAACUGGUCACACCAACAAAGAAUCAUUUGUUACAAGCCGAUUCGGAUACGUUAUGUAGUGCAUGGAUGCGAGCUCUUCAACGAACAAUUCAUUAUUUACAUGAAAAUGAUGAUACGGUGUUCCGGCAAACAGCUGUAAAGCAAAUUAACGAUGGAACUCCAGAAUCUGUUUUAACACUACAUCAUGAAUCAUUAUUAGCUGAAUUAAGACGAAUUCCAGGCAAUGACGUUUGCGCUGACUGUUGUGUCGAAUCUCCAAAGUGGGCUAGUAUCAAUCUCGGUGUUUUAUUAUGCAUUGAAUGCUGUGGUAUACAUCGAAGUUUUGGUGUACAAGUUUCGAAAGUUCGUUCUCUAAUAAUGGAUACAUUAGAACCGGAGCAGAAAAAGGUAUUGUUAGCAUUGGGAAAUCGCGCAGUAAACUCAAUAUAUCUUGCUCAUAUUCCCAUCGUGAAAAUAAUACCACCACGUCCUGUUGCUACCUCUGCAAGACCAGUGCGAGAAGCAUGGAUCAGAGCUAAAUAUAUUGAAAGACGAUUUGUGAGAAAAUGCAGUGAAAGAGUAAGGAAAUCUGCCAUCAAACGUGCAAAAGGUUUCCACCAUAGAACAUCUGGGAUUUCAGCACAGCGAUCGUUUUCUUCAAUCAGUCGUUGUUUAUCUGAACCAUCACCAUAUUUUGGUAAUGAACAAGAACAGUUAACUGGAUAUUUUUCUGACACUGGAUGGAAACCCAUUGAAAUCCCAACUAAAGAUAUUUUCGAAAGUGAAACAUUUAGUACUUUUGUUCCAGAAGGCAGGACAAAGAUCUCUGUAUGUGGAUCUGAUUCAAAUUUAGAUAUAACACAUGAUAAAUUAAGUGACACUGACCACAGUAAUCGAGCUAUGUUUGCUGCAGCAACAGGCGAUACUUUAGAAUUGUGUCGACUUGUUGCGGAAGGAUUUGAUGUGAAUACUUCUAUAAAUGAUACAACAGCACUUCAUAUCGCCAUAGAAUAUGGUCAAAGUAUAGCGGUGGAAUUUCUCCUAUUAAAUGGUGCAAAAGUGAAUGCAUUGGAUUCAUCUCUUAACACUGCACUUCAUAUCGCGGCAUCGAAAGCAUGCACACUAAUCGUUUGUCAGUUAAUGAAACGUGGAGCUGAUCAGCGUCUGAGGAAUCGAUUAAAUGAAACACCUUUGGAUUUAGCUAUUGAAGGCAAACAUGCUGAUAUUGUGACACUAUUACGAGUACAAGAAAUGCGCGAUGAAUUUUGCGAUGAAUUCAAUAAUCCAAUGGAUGAAACUGUAGAUGAUGUGAUGCAGGAUAUCAGCCGAAAAGUCGACCCCUCGCUUCGAUAA